AGGGGCGGGGGCCGGGCGGGCGCGCGCGCGCGAACGGGAGGGCGCGCGCUGCCCGGGAAAGGAGUCAGGCCACCUGGGCCACUCUGUUAAAGGGGCAGUGCGCUCAGACAGUAGGGCCACGGGGCCCGGACCUGGGGACUGAGCUGCGGGCACGGACACCGAAGGGCGAGCCAGACAGCGGAACGUGGAACAGUCAGCGUGCCGGAAGAGCCAGGAAAAGGGGACGAACCCCGGAGGGGACUUAGUCUGGACGCGCGCACGUCGCCGCCGUCAGAAGCCUGCUUCGGGGGCGGGGCUUCCAUCGGGACACGACCCCCCAGGAGGCGUUCCUCACAGGCCCCGCCCCUCGGGCGAGCGUCCGGCCUGCAGCUCUGGCGCGCCGGCGCGGGUCACCCCGAGCUACACCUUCUUGCCGGCGAGGUUCCUGAAUUGGCCGCGCAGUAGCCUCAGGUGAUGGGGCCGAACGCGGCGGCGCCGGAGCACCACUCGGACACCCAACUAGCCCUCAAGUUCGGCUUCGCGACCACCACCUCCGAUCCACACAGCCCCCUCAGGCUUGGGUGUCACCCGAGGCCGCAGCUGCCUUAGGCCCAGAGACCUGCACACCCUGCCCAACCCAGGACCGCUACUGCACCGCCUGGGGCACUCCCCAGACCUCGUUACAGCCCCUCUCCGGCCUGCCUAUCCUCAGACUUUGGCUAGAAGGCCCCAAUCCACCUGCCAAGGGCCCUGUAGGCCUCAGGCUCAAGUCACAGCCGCAGACCUGGGCCUUCCCUCCGGACGAGGCUAUGCCACCAGGAAGCUCUUGAGCCAGGGUUUGCCCCCUUCGGGUGACCAUGCAACCUCUUCCGUCACCAAGGAGAUUCCAUCCAGCUACUCAGCCAAGUCCAGUCAUGCAGGUACAGGAGGAUGGAGACAACUUCCUCCCUUUUGCCAAGUGUUCCAGAGUGGUCAGCCGUUCUUCACUCUGCAGCCUGUCUUCCCAGAGCCACAGACAAAAGCCUCUGCCUUAUGGAGAUGUCUUCUGGGAGAAUCUUAGCCAGAGGUCUAGCCCCAACUGGAUAGAAGAACAAUACAUUCUACCAACAGUGAGGGCCCCUGGUUGCUCGCAGCCUGGCUUGCACCCUCUUGAAGGGCUCCCACCCCCUGAGAAGCUUUGGAGAAGAAAGAAAAGGAAUCUGCAUUUGGAGAGAAUGCAGCAGGGACAUGGGAGCAUCCCAGCCCGAGUUAGGGCUGUUACAUAUCACCUGGAAGACCUGAGAAGGCGCCAGAGAGCCAUCAAUGAACUGAAGAAGGCUCAGUGGGUUAGCUAUGAGGCUGCAUCUGAACUCCAAGUGCUUGAAGAGGAAGGCUGUGGAUCCCCACCCCCCAGUACUACUGAAUAUCCCAUCCUGGAAGAGGAAAGGAAAACCUAUCAACAGGAAAACAUCCAUUUUGUUACCCCUGGGGCUCAGUUGCUUUGGUUUCCCUGGAGUCCCUUAGGCCAGGAAGGGGCCUAUGCCUCCGGGCGGCUGAGCUCCUCAGCGCACAGCACUUUUACAGCCAGAAGGAACCCCAUUUACAAUCCCACGGGUGAUGGAGUCUGAGCUGUAGUGGGAAAUUCAUGCCCAAGAGGCCCAAGUCCAGUUCCAUCAGGAGACUCGCACCAUUGCUGGAAUCUAGGCGUUUGUUUUCCAUUCAUCCCACACCUUAGGAAGUCACAGCACCUUUGAGUUCCCAUCCAACUGUACCCUCAAGAACUCCCCAAGCCGGGUUUUCCCCUAGGCCACAACCUGGCCCUGUGUUCUCCCCGUUCUGUUAUUAAAGAGCAAGCAAGGACUUUCUUCCGUGCGAGGCGGUGAUGAAGGGGCAAACGGGGAAGGAGGGCUCUUUUGACCCAAGAAGGCCUUCAAGAGCCAGUUGCAAUGAAGUCGGGCUAGGUCCCUAAAUUUAAUGAGUCUCCCCUGAGGCCAGAAGAGUUGUGCCGUGAUCCAGCAUCCUCCUC